AUGCUCACUUCAUCAACACCCUCCGCGUGCCCAGCGUGCUUGACAUCUGUGGGAUCGGCAGACGAUAUCAAUUUCUUUCGAAAAAUUUGGCAUAAGAAAUGUUUUCGGUGUAAGACGUGCGAGAAGCAAUUGGGCACUGAUAAUGCAACAAUGCGUUAUAACGAUGACCAAACAUUAUAUUGUGUACGACAUUUAGUUGAUGGUACUACAUCGACGGAGAAGAUUAAUUCGAAAUUGAUAUCAUCGUAUGAGAAAUUUAAACGUCCAUUGGAUUACAAUCAUCCUGAACGUUGGAGUAUAGAUGAUGUUGUGCAAUGGUUAAAAGAGGUUUCCUUAAAUGAAUGCAUCGAAGAAUUUCAAAAGAAUGAAAUCGAUGGUUCAGUUCUAGCUGACGAAGCAGAUGGUCUUAACGAGAACAUGAUCAAACAAUUAAUCUCUCCCAUUGGUACUCAAUUGAAAUUCCGUAAAGCAUUACGCAUCUUACGAAAUAAUACAAAAGUCUGUCAGAAAACAAAUAUUGAUCCGAAAGAAACGCAAGAGAAAUCUGAUGGAUCACUUCAACUUCUUCAUACUAUUCAACAACAAACAGAACAAAUCAAAUCACUUGUUACAACAAUUAAUACUCAGACAAGACAAGUUGAAGAUUUUCUUACACAAAUAGUAAAAAACCAGAAAUCUCCGCCGGUGAAUUCUUUCAAUCAACUAUCUUCAACAGUUCAAAACCAGCUAUUAGAUCUACCGAAUAACAUAUCACGAAUCUCUUUAGCGCCACCCGGUUCAUCAGCUUCUGCAAUACCAGCAAUCGAUUCAUUAGCGCCAUCACUUCUUUCAUUACCCGGCGCUAAGAAUAAUUUUUCGCGUGUAACUGCUGUUGCAACAUCAACAGACGGCCCGAAAGGUUCAAAUAGCGUUCUAUUUCCCGCUGUUGUUCAUCCAACCCUCGAUGGAGUGGCAAUCAAACCAGUCAUUGAUGACAAAUAUAAUUUCGAGAAUUACGGAAGAUAUUCGGUAACGAUUUAUGAUCAACAGUCAGAUAAUGUUCUAGUUGAAACAUUAGUUAAUGUUGUACCAGAACAGGAAAUCUGCAUGCCGAAAAAAUUUGUCCUUCGAGAUUCUGUGAAUAACAUUUUGGUCGGUGCAACUGUGCAAAUCAAGCUGCAAGGUCAAAUUGUUUUCACUGGUAAAACAGAUGCAACAGGAACGGUGGAAAUUCCUUCAACACUGCCGAAAAACUGCUACGAUGUUGAAAUCAAUAGUGGCAGUUCCCAACAUAAAGCAUCGGUUUUUCGAAUGAUUGUCUAUGAAAAUCGUGGUGCAGACGUUAGUACUCAAUUCAUUUGCCGACAGUUACAAAGUGAUCAGCUAGAAAUUGUUCUUAAAUGGGGACUACUACCGCGUGAUCUGGAUUCCCAUGUGUUCGUAUCCGAUGGUCGACAUGUUUAUUUUCGAGCGAAAUAUCAAGGAAAUGUUUCACUGGAUUGUGAUGUUACCAAUGGCAAUGGACCUGAAACGAUUAAAAUUAGUUUACAGCCGAAUUUGAAAUAUCUCUAUGUUGUUCAUCGAUAUUCUCGCGAAGGUCUCCUGACUAAAUCCGGUGCAACGGUAACUUUUAACAAUGGUGAAUUAGGUAAUUCAACAUCGCCAUAUCAAAUCGUUCAGAUUCCAGUGGUGAAUCAGCCUGAUGCGAAUUUUUGGAUUGUUUGCGAAAUCGAUGGUACAACGAAAAAGAUUCAAAUGUUCGAAAACACUUUCGAAACACACAAUUAUUACAAUACAGAUGACAUUGCGAGAAAAUAUUUUAAACAAUAA